AUGGAGCAACCCGAAAAGAGAUUAAGAAUGAACAGCUUUCUAACGGACUUUGGCAGACCAGCAGAAGUCAACAGAGUUUUCUCCCAGGAUGCAGUUGAAGAAUCUAGGUCACUAUUUCAUUGCUACAUCAGUGAAGUUGAUCACCUUGCCAGUUCAAAACGGAUUUCCAAGACUAAAGACAAUGGUAUUCUCAUCCAACAGACUGUUAGAAACCCCAAAGUGGAAGUAGAUCCCAGUGGCUUUGCUAAAUUCAACAUCCCAAACUUUGUAACCACAGACCAGAAUUCUUCAGCUGAUGAAGAUCUUAUUAUAUAUGAUCCCCCAAUUAUAUUAGAAAAUCAUCCAACUAGCUCAAACCAAAAUAGCUUUAUAAACUGA